AUGAUAAUAGAUAGGGUAGACGUAGAAACUAUCAAUUCUUUUUCGAAAUUGGAAUUAUUAAAAGAAGUCUAUGGACUGAUAUCGAUUCUACCCAUUUUGACCCUCCUUUUGGGAAUAACAAUAGAGGUACUCGUAAUUGUGUGGUUAGAAAGAGAAAUAUCUGCGUCGAUACAACAAUGUAUUGGUCCUGAAUAUGCUGGUCCCCUGGGCUUGCUUCAAGCUAUAGCAGAUGGGACUAACCUACUUUUUAAAGAAGAUAUUCUGCCAUCCCUAGGAGAUAUUUCUUUAUUUAGCAUUGGACCCUCUAUAGCAGUCAUAUCAGUUUUAUUAAGUUUUUUAGUUAUCCCUUUGGGAUAUCAUUUUGUUUUAGCCGAUCUUAGUAUUGGUGUUUUUUUAUGGAUUGCCAUUUCAAGUAUAGCUCCUAUUGGUCUUCUUAUGCCAGGAUAUAGCUCAAAUAAUAAAUAUUAUUUUCAGGUGGUCUAUGAGCUGCUGCUCAAUCCAUUAGUUAUGAAAUACCAUUAA